ACCUCGAUGGACCCACACAUUUCUAAACUCCGCUGACUCCGCUCACACCUGCCGUCGGCAUCGUCCUAGUACUGUACUCCAAUAUGUGGUUGUGGUCGUCGGUGGUUGCGUGGUUGAGCAGCAUUCUGUUCGCCAAGGCAGCUGAGAUAGCCGUUGUCGGGUUGCAGGCAUCGGGGAAGACGUCCUUCGUCAAUGUCAUCGGUUCAGGACAGUGGUCUGAGGACGUCGUUCCAACCGUUGCGUUCAACUAUCGCAAAGUCCGCAAAGGCGCCGUAACUUUCAAGAUAUGGGAUGUAGCAGGUCAACCCAAAUUCCGGUCCAUGUGGGAGCGGUACUGUCAUGGCAUGGACGCUAUUGUCUUCAUCGUGGAUUCUGCCGACCACGAUAAAUUCGACACGGCAAGAUUCGAACUCCAUCAACUUCUCUCCCAACCAGGUCUAACAGGCGUCCCUCUUCUGGUCCUCGGUAACAAAAAUGACAUCCCAGACCAUGCAUCUGUCAAGGAUCUCAUUCGUGAACUCGAACUCGACAAAAUCCAAAACCGCCCCGUCUCGUGCUACUCGUGCUCGAUGAAGAGCCGGCAUAAUCUGGAUAUCGUGCUUCGGUGGCUUACAGAGCGGAGUCACUGACGCAGUUGGCCUAAUGUCCCUAACAGUUAAUAGUACGCAGUGCCGCAUCUCAUACCUCAUACGUUCGCUCGCCAUGUAUGCAUAUCCCCUACAUAGACUCGCAUC